CCUCAACCAUGGUUGUUUCUCCAGACAUGGCGUCGUCCAUGCCAAAUGAUGCUGCUGUGCGAAGGCUGCUGAGGAACCACCCGAAGCUGCACCCACGGAGUGCGGCGGCAGCGGAGCUGAAGGCCUUAGGUCUAUCAAAGCUUCCGAUUUUAGAAUGGGAAUUGGAGCAGCCUUGGGGCCAUUUUGUUGAGAUCUCUCCAGAGACAGGUGCGAAGCCACGCAUGGAGGUGCAUCAGCCGCAUCAGCCCUUCCAGAUGCCUUCAGGUCACCAGGUGCCACCCAUCUUUGGCUUCCCUCCUGGUGUACAGCAAGAGGCACAUAGGCCGGUGCCAGCGCGAUCGCAGAUGCCAGAGGUUGUAGGGCCUGGCCCGGAAACCAUCCGCCUGGCCGAGCUCGACGUCGAGGAGAAGGCGGUUCUACAGGAAGUCCUCUCUUUGGAUCGUGGAAGAGACAACGUACCAGUGCCCCAGCCACCUCGAGAUGCACCAGCCCCUGGUGGCAGAAGGAGGCAACUUCGACCAGCCGGCCAUGAGGAGGAACCUGGAGGCACACCGCCAGCACCAAUUGUGCCAAAGGUGGCACCCCCAAAGCACGGCAGGGCACCACCUCCUCGACCACAGCGCGUGAGGUAGCGCGGCGCUUGAGGAAUUGCAGUUCCUUUCAGCUCUGGCAGUGGGUCAAAGAGUCGGAG